AUGUCCCAGUUCGCGAUCCCAGCGAACUUGUCUGCACGCCUCGCCAGCUCAUCUGGCGAAAACUGUUUUGAAGUGCGCGCUGUCGCGGUGUCGGCUGCGGUCGCCAAAUCCCUGGCUGAGCGCGAAAAGGUGGCCACGGCGAUGAAACCCCCUGUGCUGCCGGCUCCGAAGCCCGUGACAACAGUCGCUGGAAUGCCUCUUCCUCUCGCAACCGAGGCUCCUGCUGCCGAGACUGCGCCCGUCCAGUCUGCGCCUGUCGUUGCUCCUGUUGUUGCUCCGUCUGCUCCGACUGCUGAUGCCGUUCCCCUAGCUCCUCCUUUUGAGCCCCCGGUGUCCGCCCUGGCGACUGGUGUUGAUCCGUCUGUUCCUGUCCCUGCCGCACAUGUUGCACCACCCGCUGCUGUCCCUGCCGUGUCGGCGCCAGCCGCUGCUGUGUCACCGCAGGCGGCGUCCGCCACCACUGGCGGCCCGGCUCCGUUGGUUGCGCCAUUGGCGCCUACUGUGAUGCCGAUGGCCCCGGCGGGUCAGCCGUCGCGCCCCCCCUCGCCUGACCACCGCCUGUCUCGCCCCCAUUCUCCUGCGCUCCACCAGGAGCGCGAGUCGUCACGGCGCCGGCGUGAUUCUCCUCGGCGCUACCACCAGCAGUCUCACUGGCCUGCUCACCCGGGUGGUCAUGGGGGCUGGAGGGGUCCUCGCGGGCGUGGUGGUGGUGGGGCAUACCGCCUGCCCGUGACAAUGGCGGAUCUUCAGCGGGAUGUGUUGAGGGCAGUGCGCGAGGAGAGGGCGGCGCAGAGCCAGAGCAGUUCACUGCGGCCCGCGCCGGCGCUUGUGGCUCCUCGUCGGGCUGUGCCUCCCGUGGAUCUUCCGCCAGCUGCUGCACUUCCUCCUCCUGUCCUUGCCCCGUCGGCUCCUGCUCCUGCUGCCUCUGCUGCUGCUCCUGGGUCUCGUCUUCGCCUGCCGCCCGUUCCGCCAGUGGCGGGAGUAGAGUUCGAGGCCGCUGGUGGAGGAGCGGCGGGGGCGCAGUACACUCCUUAUCUUGCUGCUGAUGAGCCACUUCCAUUCUUGACGGUGGCACUUCAGCCCCCACAGACCCGUGUUCCCGAGGCGACACUCGGCCAGCUGCACCGUCUUGCGGAGAGCCUUGACGCGCUGCUGCUGAUUCAGGUGCUGGCUCACUCGUCCCUCCCUGCGAUCCCUACUGACUCGUUUCAUGACCGGCCACGCGAGACUUGCUUGGACGCGGCGGACCAGCUCGCCCAGCUGCUGGCAUCCGCGUUGGUUGCGCCCGCAGAGGGUGGCGCUGCGGUUGUGGGACAGCUUGACGAGGCUGUCUGGGGCUUGAGGUGA